CAUUCCUGCUGCAUUCUAUUUAUUAGUUCAAAACACCCCCUUUCUUUCCACAAAACUUCCUUUCAAGGAUGAAUUACUAGUCCAAAUCUUCUUUUUCCUUCCUCCUCCUCCUCCUCCUCCUCCUCUUCUUCUAGUUACUGUUUUUGACUUUAAAACUUCAUAAUAGAAAGAAACGAAAAACAGAACAAUGGGGCACUUGGGAUUUCUUGCAGCUGCAUUACUCUCACUCCUCAACUUUGUUCAUGGCUCCCUUGGACCCUGGACCAAUGCUCAUGCCACUUUUUAUGGAGGUGGUGAUGCUUCUGGAACAAUGGGUGGAGCUUGUGGCUAUGGAAACCUAAAUAGCCAAGGUUAUGGUAUUAACACAGCAGCCUUGAGCACCGCAUUGUUUGACAAUGGCUUGAGCUGUGGUGCAUGCUAUGAGCUGAAGUGUGUGAAUGAUCCACAAUGGUGCCUGCCUGGUUCCAUUGUGGUCACUGCCACCAACUUCUGCCCUCCAGGAGGCUGGUGUGACCCUCCCAAUCACCACUUUGAUCUCUCUCAGCCUAUUUUUCAACACAUUGCGCAAUACAGAGCUGGUAUUGUUCCUGUAAUGUACAGAAGGGUAAAGUGCAGGAGAAGUGGGGGUAUCAGGUUCACAAUCAAUGGACAUUCCUACUUCAAUUUAGUACUGAUCACCAAUGUUGGAGGUGCUGGGGAUGUACAUUCAGUAUCCAUUAAAGGGUCAAAGACCAGAUGGCAAGCAAUGUCAAGGAACUGGGGCCAGAACUGGCAAAGCAAUUCUUACCUUAAUGGCCAAAGCCUCUCUUUCAUCGUCACGACCAGUAACGGACACAGUGUUGUUUCUUUCGACGUUGCUCCAUCCGGUUGGUCCUUUGGACAGACUUACACUGGAGGCCAGUUUGGGGCUACCAAAAUAUAACAGCCCCUUGCUAUAUACUAUAUGAUAUUAUAGUAAAAAUAUGUCUGAAGAAAAACUUAAGUGAGUUUUUUUUUUAAAGUUUAUAAUAUAGUGUACGGUGAAUAUCACCGACGAAGAGAAUGAUAUUGUAUAAAAGGCAGUAACUUGGCGUUGGGAUCAUUACCAAACAUGGGUCAAGAUUGAUUUUUGAAUGGCCCAUAGCCGUGCAGUUGAAGCCUGGAAGUAUUACUGGUACAUCAAAUCAUGAAAUAGAAGGUUUUUUUUUGGUUUUUCCAAGUCAAAA